AUGUCUGUAUGUGUGAGUCAGAGCUGAGGCCCCCUGGCUGGAGGGAACCUCUGGACUGUCUCCGGGCAUCUGAGCUGUGCAACCAGAACAGCCAAUGCAGCUCACGCUACCGAAUCAUGCGCCAGUGCCUAUCUGGCGGGGACAAAGAGCGCAGUACCAUGUUGGCUUCUAAGGAGUGUCAGGGGGCUCUGGAGGUACUUCAGGACUCGCCGUUGUACGACUGCCGCUGCAAGAGAGGCAUGAAGAAAGAGCUGCAGUGCCUGCAGAACUACUGGAGCAUCCACAUGGGCCUGACUGAGGGUGAAGAAUUCUAUGAGACGUCACCGUAUGAGCCAAUCCAUUUCUCGGAGGAAUUCAGACAUGCCUCCAUCAUCUCAGAUUCAUCUUUGUCGAAGACGAGCCCCUGCUCCGAUGCAGGAAAACCCUGUAACCCCUGUCUGGAUGCAACAAAAGCUUGUAACCUUAAUGAGACCUGUAAACGCCUGCGAUCUGCCUACAACUCCGUCUGCAGCAAGGCCACACCCCCACAGCUCUCUGUGGCCAAUCAGGAGCCAUGCAGCAAGAAGAGGUGUCAGAAGGCCCUGCGUCAGUUCUUUGAGCGUGUCUCAUGGGAGCUCAGCUACCCGCUGCUGUUCUGCUCCUGCCAGGACCAGGCAUGUGCUGAACGCCGCCGCCGCACCAUCGUCCCGUCCUGCUCCCACCAGGAGAGGCACAAACCCAACUGCCUGGAGCUGCGGCACACCUGCCGCUCCGAUGCCCUGUGCAGGUCUCGGCUCGCUGAUUUCCACAUGAACUGCCAGAUGACGUCUCACACUGUCACCAGCUGCCCUCAUGACAACUACAAUGGCUGCCUCAUGUCGUACGUUGGCCUCCUUGGCUCAGACGUAACGCCAAACUACAGCGACAACAGCCCCACCAACAUCACCAUCAGUCUCUGGUGCACCUGCAGGGGUGCCGGUCAUCAGGAGGAGUGUGAUGCCUUCCACCGCGACUUUACCCACAACACCUGUCUCAAAAACGCCAUCUUGUCGUUUGGAUAUGGCUCAGAAGGAGUGACCUCUUCUGUGACCGAGCCCACGAAUACUUUUCUGCUACCUGCCCAGCCAACGAUCAUUUCCAAACCCAUUCCCUCUCUACAUGAGAAUCAUGAGAAUGCCAUCAAGCCAAUGGACAGUGCUUGUAUGUUCUCCACGUGUGCCAACUUACAGGACGGCGGUCAGAAGUGCAUCCCCUCUGAAGACUUUGAGUGCGAGGAGACUUUGUUGGCCCAGGGUUCAAUAGACUCUCAGGACUCUGCAGGACCCAAAAGCGGCAGCCGACAAUCAGCUCCAUUCCUCCGCCACAUCUACGUGACUGUGUGUGUGUUCGUUUUGCCAGCACUUCUACACUACAUCUCAUAAAUGUGAACUCACACUCUCGCAUAAUCUGCAUACAUUACACAGACACUCAUACACACACUCAUAAAUGUCAACCAACAGACAUCUAAGCAUCGAUGAUGGUCUUUUUGAGGAAGGAUUCUGGAGGCCGCUCAGAUUAGUCAUCUCUGCAUCACACAAACACGCACACACACACACACACAAGCCAUGAAGGGGAGGUUGGAAGGAGUUGGACUGUGCCGUGCUGUGUGUGACUGAGGGGCAAAAUAUAAAAGACAAACACAGAGACUCUCGGGACUGUGGAUCACAGUGACUCCAUUUUCAGUGCUCCGUGUCUGCAGGGUUUGUGUGCUUUCUGUGCAGCCCAGUUCGGACUCCUCUGGAUCUCAGACAGGAGGCGAGCGUGUUGUUGCAAACACACACAAUCGAACAAGGAGCCUUAGAGUUGGCAGCAUGAGGAAGGGUGAAAGAAACGACAGGACUGGACAGCUGGGACAGAGCCUUCUGCGGUGUUUGUCAGCUCAAUUUAUCACUCCCCUGGACCUCUCUAGUGGCAAGAAAUCUAUACAACAAACAUACGACACACAUACACAUUCUGUCACUUUCCCCUUAGACCUCGUUAACGGGCAAACAGGGUUCCCACAUAGAUGCCAACGCUCAUGCUGUACACUGGUGUGCUUCUUGUGGGUCUUUAUCUUCAUUUUGUCAUCAACAUUCUGUACAAAUUUCAUUCAAUGUGGUUUAUGAACUGUAAAAAGUCCAGUGGAAGAGUGUAUAUUUCGCAUACGUGUAUAGUUGUGUGUGUGGACGUGUGUGUGUGGCUGAGUUUGGGAGAAUGUUCAUGGAGGCAAACAAAGGAAGGAAUGACUUGAACUUGAACCAACUGAUGCACAUUUUACAUUUUGCUGGUUAAAAAUUCUGAACAGAAGAAUGAUGUCACGGCUGUAGUUCUUAGUAGGAAACAGAGUUGUGUCUCUGGUCUGUGGUCAGCAUGAUGCACUGUGAUGAUUCAACACACUGGCACACAUCUGAUACAGUGAACAUCAAAAAGCCCUAAAAUGAUUUGCGCCUUGACUUUUUUUAACAACAUGAUUUGAUGCAGUACUAUAUGGCAAAGCAAAAUAUUGACUAUUAUGUAAUUUCAAAAGCCUAAAUGUUGAUUAAAAUAUUAGAAAAAUUGAGAUUUCUCCUAAGCCAAUCACAUUGUUUCAGAGAGCCAAUCAAAGCUUCUUUUUUCAUUGAUUGAUAUCAAAAUCGCACGUAUUCUCAGCUCCCAGUUAGAUGCAGUUUAUGGUAUAAGUUGAGUCAGCUGCGCUGCAAAACCCGACAGCAGGAAUAAUAAAACAUUCGGCAUGUAUAGGUUUAAAAAUGACAGGCCCCUGAGCACCAUUUUUUAAAAUUGUUUAUUCAUUUCAUUUGAAACCAAAAAAAUUAUACACAUUAAAAACAAAAGAUAUA